AUGCCUCCAUUCGUCUUCGUAGCCUCGAAAACAGCCCUCAUCACCGGAGGCGCAUCAGGCAUCGGCCUCGCCGUCGCCAAGAAAUGUCUCGGCUACGGCAUGAAGGUCCUCAUCGUCGACAACAACGACGGUUUCUUGGCCUCGGCUCGACGUAGCCUGGAAGAAGGCAAGGUCUUGACUGCUCAAGCAGACGUCAGCAAUCUCGAGGACUGGGCUCGUCUCAAGAAACGCGUCGACGAUGAAUUUCAGGGCCGCAUCGACUUCCUCUUCCUCAACGCCGGGAUCCAGCCUUCUUCAGCGUGGGACGACCCCUCGAUCUUUCAAACCAUCUUCAACGUAAACCUCUUUGGCGUAAUCAACGGUAUCGCAACAUUCAAAUCCACCGUCUCAUCGUCGUCGUCGUCCUCCUCCUCCUCCACGGCCAUCGUAAUCACAGGCUCAAAACAAGGCAUCACAAAUCCACCGGGCAACCCAGCCUACAACGCCAGCAAAUCCGCCAGCAAAUCCGCCGUCAUCGCCGAACACCUCUCCUACGACCUCCGCGACUCCUCUCCCAGCACCAGCGUCUUUCUUCUCGUGCCGGGAUGGACGUUUACAAGUCUCGGACGCAGCAAAGAGGGACGCACGCGGGAAGAGAGACCUGCUGCCGCGUGGACUCCGGAGCAAGUCGCAGACUACUUGGAGGCCAAGAUGGCAAAAGACGAGUUCUACGUCAUCUGUCCCGAUAACGAGGUGACGGAGGAGAUGGACGCCAAGAGAAUGCUCUGGGCUGCGGAGGAUGUCGUUCAGCGGCGGCCGGCGCUGAGUCGGUGGAGGAAGGAGUACAAGGAGGAAUUCGAGGCGGGGGUGAGGUCUUGA